UAUAAAGGAAGUUAAAGACCUCAUGACUGCCGCUAAAGUGCUUUCCACUAGAAUGAAACAACUGGCCAUUUUAUUGAAUGACUUCAACUUUGAGUGCAUAGGUAACGCGCAGACUGAUGAUGAGAACGUUAUUUGCGAAAGCUUAAAGCGAUUUUGUGCGAUAAUUGGAAACAUUGAAGAAGAAAGGGAAAAAAUGCUAACUCUUGCUGAUAAACAUAUUAUUGAGUCACUGGAAGAGUUUCGAAAAAAGCAAAUUGGAGGCGUAAAAGAGAACAAAAAGAAAUUUGACAAAAAAACAGAAAAAUUUUGUCAGUCUCAAGAGCGUUUUUUGAAUAUGUCCACCAAAAAACCAGAAAAUACUCUGCAAGAGGCUGAUGCAAGCUUAGGCAUGCAUGAACGUGAAUACAUCCAGGAAUCUUUAAGUUAUGUUCUACGCAUUCAGGAAGUACAGGAAAGAAUAAAAUUUGAGUUCGUUGAGAUAUUGCUUGCUUUUAUAUCUGGAUGGUUGGUAUUUUAUCACACAGCACAUGAACAAGCGGAAGAUCAUAGAGAUUACCUGCAAGACCUAAGGCAUAAAGUGCAAAAGACACGUGAAAAUUUUGAGGAAGCCCGAGAAAAAGUGACAGAGCUAAAAACAAAAUAUAUGGAAAAACGCACAAAACCUGAGGAAAUUUUUAUCAAGCGCGGCUAUUUAUUUUUGAUGGAGAAAAGUUCCCUUUUAAAAAUAUCCCUUUUGGAGCCAUUUAAAGCAUCAUGGACAAAGUACUACUGCACCUUCAAAAAACAAAAACGAGAGUUUACCAUGCUUCAAUUUAAUCAAAUGAAUCACAAUUUUACAAGACCAGAAAAUCGUGAAGAUGAAAAACUGACGUUAUUUUCCUGUUACCGGCGGGCUUCUGAGUUUGAAAAGCGGUUUUGCUUUGACUUAACUUUUAAAGAAAAACCUGGGGUUGUUUAUACUUUUCAGGCAUUAAGCGAAAAGGAUCAUAUUUCAUGGCUUAAUGCAAUGGAUGGAACGGAACCUAUGAAUAUGGUUCCAGGUAAAGUAAAAUCAACUGACUCAUAUCAACUUAACGAAUCUGGAUUUAUAUUUGUUCGCCGUUGCAUUGAAGUCUUAGAAAGUCGGGGCUUGGAAGAUGAAGGUAUUUACCGGAAAAGUGGCGUCGGAACAAAAAUCGGAAAGCUUUUAACAAUGGGCUUAAAUUUAAGUGAAACUGAAGAUAUAUUUACGGAUGAAAAAUACACCGAUUUAAUAGAAAGUAAUACCAUAGCAAGUGCUCUGAAAAUGUAUCUUCGAAAUUUAAGUGAGCCCUUAAUGACAUACCGUUAUCACAAUGACUUCAUUGAAUCAGCAAAGAUAGAAACCCUUAACCAACGAAUUAAUGAAGUUCACAAGCUGGUCCACAAGUUACCACAUAUUAAUUUUGAGAUGUUAGAUAUGGUUAUUUUCCAUUUAACCGAAGUUUCACGGAAAUACGAAAAAAAUAAGAUGUCGGUUUUCAAUCUUGGUGUAGUGUUUGGACCAACUUUAUUGCGACCACGGGAAGAAUCAGUUGCGGCCAUAUUGGAUAUUAAAUUUAACAACAUAGUCAUCAAUAUAUUGAUUGAUAACUAUGAUCGGAUUUUUAAAAUUAGUCCCAACAGUAAGGAAACAUUUUCAGAAUCCACCAGUGCCCUAAAAAUUAACCAUACCGGUAGACACAGCCCACCAAAGCGAAUGCCUAGAGCGUCUCAGUUACAAAAAUCUUUGGAAGGAUAUACAGUUUGUUGUGCAAAGUAUCCUUCCCAAAAAAAAAUAUAUCGAGUAGCAAUGAAACCGGAUUAUACUGAACCUACAAUGUCAUCAAGUUUGCAGAGUAUUCCAAAUGUUGUUAAAUAUGGGUAUAAUUCGGGAAGUAAUUUAUCAACUUUGCAUAGCACAGGUGAAAUAGGACAAUCAAACAUUGGAAUCACAAAUACAAUGAUGCAAAAAGAUAGAAUUUUACAGUGUCCUGCUACUAGUUCAAGUGCCGAUAAUGUCGUUUUGUCUUCUUAUGAAAUUACUAAUAGUGAGAUACAAAAUCUCGGAAUUCAAGCAUCACCUUCAAGCAGUUCCAAUAAUAUGCGCCAUCCAGAAUUUGAAAGGACUGCAUCAUCAAUGGGAUCACAGUCUGGCCCCGGUACUCACUUUUUUGCAAGUACUUCUAGUUCUGAAACGAUACCAGCUAAUAUAUUAGCUAAAAAAACUAUACCAACGACUUUCAAAAAACCCCCAAAAGAUAAUUUAUUGGGUAAUGAUGUUUCUGGUCCACAGCAGCAAUACCCCAACAAAAGUGGCCAUUACUCAUACAGGUUGGGUAAAAACUAUUCUUCUAUUAUGACUGCAUCAACAUCAAGCUCUAAUGAAAGUGUAUCCGACUGCUCAAACAGUGGUUUAAAUAGUACUAAAACUGAGAUUCGGGAUUUUCGCCGUCAUGGCACAAAUGAAAUUGUAGCAACGAUUGCACAGAAUUUACCGUUAUCGACACUUCUUGGGACAAUCUCAAAUGAUAUUAACACAGAAAAACCUAGAUGCACUGCAGAAAGCGACAAAGCAACUUCGACUUCUAUCCGCAAUGUUAGUAGUGCAACCAAUGAUAGCUCUUUAUAUGUACCACCCACUAAAAUGCAUCGCACUCGUGACGUAAACCAAAUUAAACGGGAUUUAUGAACAGGCACUGCGCGUGUGCGCACACUUUAUGCUUGUAUGGGAGAAAGCGAGGGUGAGCUAUCGUUUGAGCCCAAUCAAAUAAUAACAAAUGUACGAUUUUCUCACGAACCUGGUUGGCUCCAGGGUACAUUAAAUGGAAAAACGGGACUCAUUCCUGAAAACUACGUGGAACACUUAAAAACCUAUAAAUAAAAACAAAACCAUUAUAUAAAAAUUGUUUUAUUAUUAUACUAGAUAAACAAUCAAAAUUUUCCAUUACAUUAAAAAAGUCUUUCUUAGCA